CCCUCCCCUGAUCUCAUCGGCUCCCCCUUCUUACAUCGCCGCUCGACUCUUUUUAUUCUCCCUAUCGACUCUUGGAGCUCCGCUCUGUUCUAUCGGAUUUCUAGGGUUUGAGUUUCAGGUCGAUAUCGUGGGUUUCCUGAGACUUCGAUCCCUUUCCCCAUGGCGGAGGUGAUCGACAUGCCCGCCGAAGACCUAGAUCGCCGCCGGGACCGCCCGCCGGAGAGGCGAGAGAGCCCGACCGACGGAUCUCCGCCCCCGCCGCCGCCUCCCCCGAGAAGAAGGGACAGGGAUUCGAGGGAGAGGAGGGACGAGAGGGACGACCGGCCUCCGAACCGACGGGACGAUUACCACGACGUCAGGAACCGGUCGCCUGCGCUCCCACCGCCUCCGCCGCUCGGGCCUUCGAGAGGGGAGAGGGAUCGGGAGUAUCGGAGGCGGAGCAGCCCCAGCCCGCCGCCUUAUGGCUACCGCAGGCACUCUCCUCCCCGCAGGUCCCCUCCGCCUGGACCCUUUAAGCGGUCUCGGAGGGAUGACGGUGGAUACGACCGGCGCCGGGGUAGUCCUAGAGGAGGAUAUGUCUCAGACGAUAGAAGGUACGGCUAUGAUUAUGGUGGAGGGUAUGAUCGAGGCAGAGGUGGGUAUGCUGAUGAAAGGCCUCAUGGCCGUUACAUGAAUCGUCUAUCAGAUUGGCCUGAUUCAGGACGUGGUGGUUUUGGUGAUGGAGCAGAGGUCAUUCAAAGGGAAGGCUUGAUGUCUUACAAGCAGUUCAUUCAAGAGCUUGAAGAUGAUAUUUUACCAGCUGAAGCUGAGCGCAGGUAUGAAGAGUACAGAUCAGAGUACAUUUCUACUCAGAAACGUACUUAUUUUGACACCCACAAGGAUGAAGAAUGGCUGAAAGACAAAUAUCAUCCGACCAACUUGGUGUCAGUUAUCGAAAGGCGGAAUGAACAUGCAAGAUCUACUGCGAAGGAAUUCUUGCUGGAUUUGCAGAGUGGAACACUUGACCUGGGCCCAGGAUUAACAGCUGCAGUAGUGAGUCAAUCUGGAAAUGGCAGUGAUCCAAACUCUGAGGAUGAAAUGGACACUAGUGGCAAAAGGAGAAGGCAUGGUAGGGGCCCAGCAAAAGAAAACAAUCUGCUUUCAGCUGCUCCCAAAGCCCAUCCAGUUAGUUCUGAACCUCGAAGAAUUCAAGUUGACAUAGAGCAAGCUCAGGCGCUUGUCCGUAAACUUGACACUGAGAAGGGUAUUGAGGAUAAUGUUCUAUCCAGUAGUGAUCAUGAUAAACUGGAUGGAGAGAAAUCCCACGGUGGAUCUAUGGGGCCAAUCAUAAUAAUACGAGGCUUGACGACUGUCAAGGGUCUUGAGGGUGUUGAGCUGUUGGAUACCCUAAUUACUUAUUUGUGGCGCGUCCAUGGCGUAGAUUACUAUGGCACUUCUGAGGUAAAUGAGGCCAAGGGCCUUCGGCAUGUGAGAGCUGACAGUAAGAGCUUUGAUGGAUCUAAUACGAGUGGAGCUGUUUGGGAGAAGAAACUUGAUUCAUUCUGGCAGAAGAGACUGCAAGGCCAGGAUCCCCUGGAAAUUUUGACAGCCAAGGAUAAAAUUGACACAGCAGCUGUUGAGGCUCUAGAUCCUUACGUGCGGAAAAUAAGAGAUGAAAAAUAUGGUUGGAAGUAUGGUUGUGGAGCCAAGGGCUGUACAAAGCUUUUCCAUGCUGCUGAGUUUGUUCAUAAACAUCUUAGACUCAAACAUCCUGACCUUGUAAUGGAGCUGACCUCAAAAGUUCGGGAAGAUCUGUAUUUUCAAAAUUAUAUGAACGAUCCAAAUGCACCUGGUGGAACACCCAUCAUGCAGCAAUCUGCACUGAAGUUCAAGACACCAAGAUACAGGCUGAUUUCGGAGAACCGUCUUAGGGAUGAGCGUGGCAACCGUAGGGAGCAUGACAGGGCUAAUAGAAAUGAUGACAGGUAUGAUAGGACUGAUCACUCACCAACUCAUGAUGCAAAUGGUGGGUCUGAAGGGGGGAAUCAUGAUGAAACAAUGUAUGACGCAUUUGGUGGACAAGGGUUGCAUGGAGGUCCUUUUCCUGCAGAUAUGCCCCCUCCUCCACCAGUAUUGAUGCCUGUACCUGGUGCUGGUCCAUUGGGACCUUUUGUUCCUGCGCCACCAGAAGUUGCUAUGCGCAUGAUGAGAGAGCAGGGUGGUCCAUCAUCAUUUGAAGCAAAUGGUGGCCCUCGUGGUAGGAAAGGAAGGCUUGGUCCUGGGUCAGCGCCAAUUCUUGCUGUACCUCCAGCAUUUCGACAAGAUCCUCGUCGCAUUCGAAGUUACCAAGACCUUGAUGCCCCAGAGGACGAAGUGACUGUUAUAGACUACAGGAGCUUGUAGACUCUUCAUUCCUGUUAUACAUUGGAAGGAUAUUUAUAUCAUGAUCGGAAUACAGGCUCAAAAGCAUUACUGUAGUCUAAUUGCAAUGGACUUGGUUCGUUUGAUGAAUUGAUCUUACAUUUGUGCCAUACUCACAGCUAUGCGAGACCCUUUGGUCAUGUUCUAGUUUGUUGCAGGAAGAGGUGACAUUAAUCAAUCGAACUUGAUCCGGGCGCAUGAUGUGUUUGCAUAUGGAAUAUCAUAUAUCUGAUAGUCAGAUCGUGUAAUUGUUUUUUCACGUCAGUUUCCGAAGCUGGCAAUGACCCUGAAGACUUGAAACAUUGUGGUUUAAGUACAGAAUUCCAGAAUUUAAAUUACCACGGAUGAAAUGAAUUUGUGAUUUAAAUUUUUCUU